AUGGAACUGGAACACCAGAUCCGCCGUGGCGAGAAGGCCAUCAUCAAGCAGAUCAACACUCACAUUCUACAGGACAUUGUGAAGAGCGAGAAGGAAGCAGCGAAGAAGCAGGAGAUCAAGAAACUCCAGCAGGAGCAGAAGUUGCAGGAGGAGCCGCUCGUCCGCGUGGCCGGCAAGUACAUUAAAUUGGAACGUGAGACUCCGGUCUCAUUCUCCGAGGAGCUUACGGGUAACAUGCGGACGCUGAAACCCAAGGGCAACCCGCUUUUGGACCGCUUCGACAGUCUGCACAAGCGCAACCAGAUCGAGAUUGGGCGUCCCAAGAAGACACGCAAGGCCAAGAACUUCCGCCACGAUAAACGUGGGGCGCAGGUGGUGGAGAUACGACGAGAGGAAUACGAACGCACCAAGCGCUCAAUUCUCAAGAAAAUUCGACGUCGUUUGGUGAUCCUCGGAGUGAUCAUUGGUCUCCUUUCGGUCGUCGCCUUCAUUCUCGGUGGUGUCAUUCGUGGCUACUACUCGAACAUUGUCAAGUUCCAUCGAGUAUCGGGUCACGUCACCUUGAACAACUUGUAUUUCAUCUACGCCGCGGUCUCACUGACCUUCAGUUUUCACGGAUUCUACAUCGACGGCAAGUGGCGGAAAAUGCAGCAAGAUGGGAACCGGUUGAUCAUGCACGUGCGCACAUUUUUCAUUCUUGGAGUUGGAUCAUGGGCACUGGCUUUGUGGUUGGGCAUUGCGACGCUAUCGGCGUUCGGGUUGGUGGAGCUGCAGUACAUUGCAUCGUCCAAUGCCAAUAUUAUCUACCUCACCACACUGAUCAUGAUAACUGUGCAUCUCGUUACCUCGCCAUGGCUACUGCGUACAAUUCAUCGUAAGGGAUCUCAAGCAGAUGAAUUCUUUGGAGGAGCAUCACAGCGGAUAGUUCGACGUCAAGACAGCGCAAAAGCUGGACUGAACACUCGCCCCAUGCUUCACUUGCAAUUAGCUAUGGAAGGAGACGAAGACGUGGCGCCACGAUCACCACGUCGACAACCAAGUGCACGCUCUGCUUCCCCUCGAAUCCCGACGCCGGUUACGCAGUCUGUUGUGGGCACAUCUCCGCCUGUGGAUUCUCAGGGCUACAACCAAAUUCCUUUCGCGUCACCUGUCUUUUUAAUGAGCCCGGACGCGAACCUCGCAGCAUCGAAUUUCUGGCAGCUUUGGAAGCGAACCGAGACCACUGGUGCCUUCUCGUGCACAUUUGCGAAUCAACCUUCUCGCGUCGAGUUGGAGCAACAUUUGGCUGCACACGGCUUCCGUGUUGUAGCAGCAGAGCAGAAGGACAGCGUGCUGCAAGUGUAUUUUUAUGCGUCGCAAUACGGCACCGACACAUUCUUCCUGUGCGAAUUUGUGCUUCUUUUCGCUCGCAGAUUCUUCCAGGCCACGUUCAAAUGCAGUGAACGAGAGGCUGCUUCCGACUUUGUCACAAGGUUUAAUCUCCAGGAUCUACUGGUUGUCGAAGGAGAGUGA